GCCCAUGGCUCUGCAGUCUCCACUCUCCCUGUUUUCUCCAUUCUUGCAGACAUUGGACCAGAACCUCACAGCACGUCAGUGAACGACCAUGGGGGACGUGAAGCUGGUUGCCUCAUCGCAUGUGUCCAAAACCUCCCUCAAUGUGGAUUCUCCAAGGGUCAGCUCCACGCCCCUGACUGAGGCUCCUGCUUUCAUUCUGCCCCCUCGGAACCUCUGCGUUAAAGAAGGAGCCACCGCCAAGUUCGAAGGGAGGGUCCGGGGCUACCCUGAACCCCAGGUGACAUGGCACAGGAAAGGGCAGACCAUCACUAAUGGGGGCCGCUUCUUGCUGGAUUGUGGAGUGCGGGGGACUUUCAGCCUUAUAAUUCACACUGUCCGUGAGGAGGACAAAGGAAAGUAUACCUGUGAAGUCAGCAGUGGCAGUGGUACACGCCAGGUAACAGUGGAGCUGACCGUGGAAGGGAGUUUUGCGACGACCCGUGGUCAACCUGUUGUUUCCAAAACCUUGGGGGACAGAUAUUCAGCCCCAGCAGUGGAGACUCGUCCUAGCAUCUGGGGCGAGUGCCCACCAAAGUUUGCCACUAAGCUAGGCCGAGCUGUGGUCAAAGAAGGACAAAUGGGACGAUUCUCCUGCAAGAUUACUGGCCGGCCUCCUCCACAGGUCACCUGGCUUAAGGGAAAUGUCCCACUGCAGCCGAGUGCCCGUGUAUCUAUGUCGGAGAAGAAUGGGAUGCAGGUCCUGGAAAUCCAUGAGGUCACCCGGGAUGACAUGGGCUUGUACACGUGCAUGGUGGUGAAUGGGUCAGGAAAGGCCUCCAUGUCAGCAGAACUCUCCAUCCUAGGUUUGGAUAACGCUACUAGAUCAUUUGUGAGAGAAACGAAGGCUCCUAGUGCAGGCAUCAGGAAGGAGGUGACCAAUGGCAUCCCUCAGGAUCCAAAGACUCUGACUGAAAAUAAGAACUGCUCAAGGUCCCAGAGGGGUGGCUUCCCAGCCUGGGCCACAAACAGCCAGCCACAGUCCCUGCAGGAGCCCAAGCUAGAUCCAUGUGGGGACUCACCCCAAAAGCUCUUGCAGACCCCCAUCCUGCAGAAGACUUCCAGUACCAUUACCUUGCAGGCUACAAAAGUCCAGCCAGAAGGGAGAGCACUGGACUUGGAGGCCCUCUCUCAUUAUGGAGAAGAGAAGAAGAGGACAACUACCCCUCAGCAAGCCACACUCCCUACCAGGCAGUGCAGCAUUGGAAGCCUAGUUGGGAACAAGUUUGCUACUAGGAAAAUCCCAGUGGAAAACCAGGAGUCAACAGUUCCCAAAUUUGAGAGCAAGCCCCAAAGUCAAGAAGUCACUGAAGAUCAGACAGUCAAGUUCAGAUGUGACGUUUCAGGGAUCCCAAAGCCUGAAGUGACCUGGUUCCUGGAAGGUGUCCCUAUGAGGAAGCGAGAAGGCAUCACUGAGGUUUAUGAAGAUGGCGGAUCCCAUUACCUCUGCCUGCUGCGAGCCCAGAGAAGGGACAGUGGGAGAUACAGCUGCACGGCAUCCAAUAGCCACGGCCAGGUGUCCUGCGGCUGGACCCUCCUGGUGGAAAGGCCAGCCUUGGCAGAGAUGGCCCCAUCAUUCUCUAGUGUCCUGAAGGACAGCACUGUCAUUGAAGGCCAGGAUUUUGUGUUGCAGUGUAAUGUACAGGGGACCCCAGCACCCCGGAUCACUUGGCUCCUUAAUGGCCAGCCCAUCCAGUUUGCUCGCUCCACCUGCAAGGCUGGCAUGGCCGAGCUCCACAUCCAGGAUGCCCUGCCUGAGGACCACGGCAUCUACACCUGCCUGGCAGAGAAUGCCUUGGGGCAGGUGUCCUGCAGCGCCAGGGUCACUGUCCAUGAAAAGAAGAGUGAAGGGAAGAGGGAAAGCCUUCUCCCCCUGGCUUCCAGGAAGCCCAUCGCACCCAUAUUCCUACAAGGCCUCUCUGAUCUAAAAGUCAUGGAUGGAAGCCAGGUCACCAUGACAGUCCAGGUGUCAGGGAACCCACCCCCAGAGAUCAUCUGGCUUCACAACGGGAAUGAGAUCCAGGAGUCUGAGGACUUCCACUUCGAGCAGAGAGGUGGCCGGCAUAGCCUGUGUAUCCAGGAGGUAUUCCCUGAGGACACGGGCACUUACACCUGCGAGGCCUGGAACAGUGUGGGGGAGGUCUGCACCCAGGCUGUGCUCACUGUGCAAGAGCCUCAUGAUGGCACCCAGCCCUGGUUCAUCAGCAAGCCUCGUUCGGUGACGGCCUCCCUGGGCCAGAGUGUCCUCAUCUCCUGCGCCAUAGCUGGAGACCCCUUUCCCACUGUGCACUGGCUCCGAGAUGGCAAAGCCCUCUCCAAGGACAAUAGCCACUUUGAGGUGCUGCAGAAUGAGGACGUGUUCACCCUGGUUCUAAAGAACGUGCAGCCCUGGCACGCCGGCCAAUAUGAGAUCCUGCUCAAGAACCGGGUUGGCGAGUGCAGUUGCCAGGUGUCACUGAUGCUGCUGAACAGCCUUGCCAGAAACCCCCCACGGGGGCGGGAGCCUGCCAGCUGUGAGGGCCUUUGUGGUGGAGGAGUUGGUGCUGAUGGUGGUGGUGACCGUGACCGCGAUGGGACCUUGAGGCCUGGCUGGCCAGCAAGAGGGCAGGGUUGGCCAGAAGAGGAAGAGGGAGAAGACGUGAGGGGGCUACUUAAGAGGCGAGUGGAGACCAGGCUACACACGGAGGAGGCGAUCCGGCAGCAGGAGGUGGGGCAGCUAGAUUUCCGUGACCUCCUCGGGAAGAAGGUGAGCACAAAGACUGUGUCGGAAGAAGACCUGAAGGAGAUCCCAGCCGAACAGAUGGAUUUCCGCGCCAACCUCCAGCGGCAAGUGAAGCCAAAGACCGUGUCCGAGGAAGAGAGGAAGGUGCAUAGCCCCCAGCAAGUUGACUUUCGCUCUGUCCUGGCCAAGAAGGGGACUCCCAAGACCCCUGUACCCGAGAAGAUGCCACCUCCGAAACCUGCCACCCCAGACUUCCGCUCAGUGCUGGGUGGCAAAAAGAAGUCACCAGCAGAGAAUGGCAGCAGUGCAGAGGCCUUGAAUGCCAAGUCUGCAGAGAGCCCCAUGCCGGUAGGCAAUGCACAGCCGGUUGGGGCCCUGAAGUCCAUAGGUAAUGCCAAGCCUGCAGAGACCCUGAAACCCAUGGGCAAUGCCAAGCCUGCAGAGACCCUGAAACCCAUGGGCAAUGCCAAGCCUGCUGAGACCCUGAAACCUGUGGCCAAUGCACAGCCUGCAGGGUCCCUGAAACCCCUGGGCAAUGCACAACCUACUGAGACCCAGAAGCCAGUGGCCAAUGCCAAGCCAAUCCCCACCCUGAAAUCAGCUGGGAAAGAAGAACUCAAGGAGGUUAAGAAUGAUGUGAACUGUAAGAAAGGGCAUGCUGGGCCCACAGACAAUGAAAAAAGACCAGAGAGUCAAGGCUCAGCCCCAGUCUUCAAGGAGAAACUGCAAGAUGUGCAUGUGGCAGAGGGCAAGAAGCUGCUGCUACAGUGUCAGGUAACCUCUGACCCCCCAGCCACCAUCACCUGGACACUGAAUGGAAAGACACUCAAGACCACAAAAUUCAUCAUCCUCUCCCAAGAAGGCUCGCUCUGCUCUGUCUCUAUCGAGAAGGCACUGCCGGAGGACAGAGGCCUGUACAAGUGUGUAGCCAAGAACAGCGCUGGCCAGGCGGAGUGCUCCUGCCAAGUCACUGUGGACGAUGCUCCAGCCAGUGAGAACACCAAGGUCCCAGAGAUGAAAUCCCGGAGGCCCAAGAGCUCCCUUCCCCCUGCACUAGGAACAGAGAGUGAUGCAACAGUGAAAAAGAAACCUACCCCCAAGACACCUCCAAAAGCAGCUAUGCCCCCUCAGAUUAUCCAGUUCCCUGAGGACCAGAAGGUGCGUGCAGGAGAGCCUGUGGAGCUGUUUGGGAAAGUGACUGGUACACAGCCCAUCACCUGCACCUGGAUGAAGUUCCGAAAGCAGAUCCAGGCUAGUGAGCACAUCAAAGUGGAGAACAGCGAGAGUGGAAGCAAACUCACCAUCCUAGCUGCGCGACAAGAGCACUGUGGCUGCUACACACUGCUGGUGGAGAACAAGUUGGGCAACAGGCAGGCCCAAGUCAACCUCACUGUUGUAGAUAAGCCAGACCCCCCAGCUGGCAUACCUUGUGCUUCUGACAUCCGGAGCUCCUCGCUGACCCUGUCCUGGUACGGUUCUUCAUAUGAUGGAGGCAGUGCUGUACAGUCCUACAAUGUUGAAAUCUGGGACUCAGAGGACAAGACAUGGAAGGAACUAGCCACAUGCCGUAGCACCUCUUUUAACGUCCAGGACCUGCUGCCUGACCGCAAAUAUAAAUUCCGUGUACGCGCAGUCAACGUCUAUGGAACCAGCGAGCCAAGCCAGGAGUCUGAGCUCACAACUGUGGGAGAAAAACCAGAGGAGCCGAAGGAUGAAGUGGAAGUAUCAGAUGAUGAUGAGAAGGAGCCUGAAGUUGAUUAUCGAACAGUGACAGUCAACACUGAACAAAAAUUAUCCGACUUGUAUGACAUUGAAGAAAAACUAGGAUCUGGGAAAUUUGGACACGUCUUCCGACUUGUAGAAAAGAAAACUGGAAAAAUAUGGGCCGGGAAAUUCUUCAAGGCAUAUUCUGCAAAAGAGAAAGAGAACAUCCGGCAGGAGAUCAGCAUCAUGAACUGCCUCCACCACCCAAAGCUGGUCCAGUGUGUGGAUGCCUUUGAAGAAAAGGCCAACAUUGUCAUGGUUCUGGAAAUUGUGUCAGGGGGUGAGCUGUUUGAGCGCAUCAUUGAUGAGGACUUUGAGCUGACUGAGCGCGAGUGUAUCAAGUACAUGAGGCAGAUUUCAGAGGGGGUAGAGUACAUCCACAAGCAGGGCAUCGUGCACCUGGACCUCAAACCUGAGAACAUCAUGUGUGUCAACAAGACAGGCACCAGGAUCAAGCUUAUUGACUUCGGUCUGGCCCGAAGACUAGAGAAUGCCGGGUCUCUGAAGGUCCUCUUUGGCACCCCGGAGUUUGUGGCACCUGAAGUGAUCAACUAUGAACCUAUUGGCUAUGCCACGGACAUGUGGAGCAUUGGAGUCAUCUGCUAUAUCCUGGUCAGCGGACUUUCCCCUUUCAUGGGUGACAACGACAAUGAGACCUUAGCCAAUGUCACCUCAGCCACCUGGGACUUUGAUGACGAGGCAUUCGAUGAGAUCUCCGAUGACGCCAAAGAUUUCAUCAGCAACUUGCUGAAGAAAGAUAUGAAAAACCGCCUGGACUGCACCCAGUGCCUUCAGCACCCAUGGCUGAUGAAAGACACCAAGAACAUGGAGGCCAAGAAACUAUCCAAGGACCGGAUGAAGAAGUACAUGGCAAGGAGGAAAUGGCAGAAAACAGGCAAUGCUGUGAGAGCCAUUGGAAGACUGUCCUCCAUGGCAAUGAUCUCAGGGCUCAGUGGCAGGAAAUCCUCGACAGGGUCACCGACCAGUCCGCUCAACGCAGAGAAACUAGAGUCUGAAGACGAUGUCUCCCAGGCUUUCCUUGAGGCUGUUGCUGAGGAAAAGCCCCAUGUAAAGCCCUAUUUUUCAAAGACCAUUCGUGAUCUGGAAGUUGUGGAGGGAAGUGCUGCUAGAUUUGACUGCAAAAUUGAAGGUUAUCCAGACCCUGAAGUUGUCUGGUUUAAGGAUGACCAGUCAAUCAAGGAGUCCCGUCACUUCCAGAUAGACUACGAUGAGGACGGGAACUGCUCUCUAAUUAUUAGUGACGUCUGUGGGGAUGACGAUGCCAAGUACACCUGCAAGGCUGUCAACAGCCUUGGAGAAGCCACCUGUACUGCAGAGCUCAUUGUGGAAACCAUGGAAGAAGGAGAAGGGGUAGGGGAAGAGGAAGAAGAGGAAGAGUGAAGCAAAGCUAGACCGAAACAGUUUCUAAGUCAUUUUAAAGGACUGAUUCUUUAGAGCUCAAAAAAACUCAAGAUAGUAAAAGCACUCUAGUGUGAUAGAUUCUCUAGUUAGGUCAUUUGAGGGUGGAUUCAUCAGCAACAUCAGUUGAUACCUAGCAACGUCAUUGAUGGGCAUUAAUUUGAAUUAGCUGGCACGUUAAGACACCAGUGCAGCUAGAUUUCAUUUAGAGGAAAUCACCAUCAACUUGUCAGACGAAUUGAUUUUUAAAUAGAAAAGAACCAAAGAAAUACUUAUCUAGAAAGUCAUCCAUUUCCCAACUGAAGGCACUCAUGAAAAGUAAAGCCACAAUCAGGGCCCUGGGCCUCCUACUGCAGCUCAGCCCAAAGAUUCCCUGGAGAUGGAAGGCCUCAGAGAGCUCAGAGAACCAGUUUUCCCGUCCUGCAGUGUUUCAUUCUGAAAGCAGUCGAACUGCUCAGCAGGCACACUUUCUUCCAAAGCAGACUGUACACAUUUGAAUUCUCCUGUCUCCUCCCCAUUCAACCUGCCAGUUGAAUGGUUCUAAACUUGUCAUGAGUUGGAGCACUGAGAGUCUUAAUUAUGCUUCUUAGAGUCCAAGACAGGCCCCCUGCUCACAGAUGACUCUAGCUUCCUUAGGAAAGUAAAAUCUCCUUUCUUCUAAAGUCAGUAGGAAACUACUUAUCCCUCUUUGAAAAUGUCUAGCAGCUUCAGACAUUUGUAUGAGAAACCAUGAAAAAAAAUCCUGGCUAAUGUGCUUUAAAAAAAAAAAAAAAAAACAGGAUUCAGAUUUAUGCUGCUGACAGAAUAUCAGCCUGCAUGUGCAAGAGUUGUGUGUCUGAAUGUAGGAAGCCCAGUUUGCUGAAAUGUUAGUUUUAAUUAUUUAUUGGGCACUAUGAAACUGAUUUCAACUGGCAAACAGCUAUAGAACUCUGUGUACUUUGGAAUCUCCUUCCAGACAGUCUGAGUUUAAUACAUCAUUCUCAGCACUCUUCAAAGAGCUCAGCCUGCUUUAUGGGGUCCACCAUUAUUUUCCUUCUUGAAUGUGCAUCAAGCAUGCCUUGCCCCCAACCUUGAACUAUAUCCUUAGACCUGAUCAAUGCACUCAGAUUUGCAUCUUUAUUUGCAUCUUUAGAAUUUUUAACUUUCUUUCACUACAUUGGCACUUAAGUUUUUUCUUUGUAAAACUUUCUGAAGGUCAUAAACAAAGACCAUAAACUGAUAUUCCUUUCUUCUGUGUGUGUGUGCGUGUAACAUUCCAAAUACUUUUUUUUUCCUUUUCCACUGUUUGUAAAAUGCAGCAAGCUAACAUUUCAAAGGACUUUUUAAUAGUUCCUUAAAAUCUAUUUUAAAUUACUUCUGUGCAGUCCUACACACACAGUUCCAUCGUUAGAACGUUGAUAUUACUUAGUCUUGUUAUCCUCAAUUCUAUUUUAGCUGCUUUUUGCUGCUAGUUUCAAAUUGCCAGUAUUUUUCCCUUUUUGCUUUUUAAACAGUUACAAUAUUUUUCAUUAUAGCCACAGUAUUUCCACAGUUUAUGAUAAUAAAGGGGUUUAAUUUGAUUUAGAGCAAAGUGUUUUUCAUCACUUUAAAUUGUGUUUAUACUAUACUCCGUGUGUAUGUUGUGUGUGUGUAUGUACAUGAGUGGUGUAUACAUGUGUUUGCAGGUUAAUGCCUUCUUGCGAUUGUCUUACUGUUCUCUCAGUUUUGUUAUGCCGUCAGAAUGGUGAACAAGAACGCUACAGCUGUCGUUAGCUCACAGUUCUUAAAUAAAGAAUACCACAGUGCAUGCGGUUUGUUCAA